AUGGACACGAGUGGUAUGCAACCUACCAAGCUAGCCAGGGUCCCCAAGGUACUGGGCAGGACUGGCUUUCAGGGACAGUGCAUGAAGGUACACAUGGAAUUCAUGGACAACACGAGCCAUUCCAUCAUCCACAACAUGAAAGGCCCUGCACAUGAGGGCGACAUGCUCACCCUACUGGAGUCAGAGUGA